AACAACAAGAGAGAAGCUUUGUCAACAACAAAUAAAAAAGAACAAAGAAGUAAAAACCCUUUCUAAAACCCUUCUUCAAAAUAAACACUUUUCUGCGUUCUCUACUCCAACAAUGUCACCCAGCUUUCUCUUCGACCCUCCCAGCGACGAAGAAAUCGAACACUCCGAAAUAGAAGACGAAGAAGAAAACAACGAAGAAGAAGAAGAAUCCGAACCCGAAUUGGAAUCAGAAGAAGAAGGAGAAGAAGGAGAAGAAGGAGAAGAAGGAGAAGAGCCCAAAGAACCGAAAGUUUCAAAGAAGAAAACACAAUCUCCAUGGGACUUCACCAAAUACUCAGAAUCAGUUGCAGAAGAACACGCUCGCAGGAGCACAACCUCCGUAGACGACAAAAUCUAUGCAGUCAGACAACGUUCCAAGCCCGUCGUUGCUUUGCCUGAUUCGGAUGAAGACAACAGUAGCUCUGACUCUGAACCUGAUAAACAAGAAGAUUAUAGACCGGAAGAAGAAGAUGAAGAAGAGGGUAAUGCUGGUGACAACAAGUCCUUUUUUGCUCCUUCUGAGGGAACCUCUUUCAAUGCUGAUUCCUUCUUGCAACUCAAUUUAUCUCGUCCUUUGCUCCGAGCUUGUGAAACCCUGGGGUAUUCUAAACCAACACCAAUUCAGGCUGCUUGUAUACCAUUAGCCUUGACUGGCCGCGAUAUAUGUGGAAGUGCCAUUACUGGAUCGGGAAAGACAGCCGCGUUUGCACUACCUACUUUAGAGAGGUUGCUGUUCCGUCCAAAACGCAUGCAUGCAAUAAGGGUCCUUAUUCUUACUCCAACCAGAGAGUUGGCAGCCCAAGUUCACAGUAUGAUAGAGAAGCUUGCUCAAUUUACUGAUAUAAGGUGUUGCUUGAUUGUUGGUGGUUUGUCAACAAAGGUGCAAGAGGCUGCCUUAAGAUCAAUGCCAGACAUUGUUGUGGCUACUCCAGGACGCAUGAUAGAUCAUUUGCGUAAUUCUAUGUCUGUGGAUUUGGAUGAUCUUUCUGUUUUAAUCCUCGAUGAAGCAGAUCGUCUUUUGGAGCUUGGAUUUAAUGCUGAAAUUCAAGAACUUGUUCGCGUGUGUCCAAAAAAAAGACAGACCAUGCUGUUUUCAGCAACCAUGACUGAGGAGGUUGAUGAUCUUAUUAAACUUUCCCUGUCAAAACCCCUGCGUCUUUCUGCUGAUCCAUCUGCAAAACGACCAGCAUCCUUGACUGAGGAGGUGGUUAGAAUAAGAAGAAUGCGUGAAGUAAAUCAGGAAGCAGUUCUUCUUGCAAUGUGCACCAAAACUUUUACUUCUAAAGUGAUCAUUUUCAGUGGAACGAAGCAAGCUGCACAUAGGUUGAGGAUUAUAUUUGGAUUAGCUGGAUUGAAGGCUGCUGAGCUUCAUGGAAAUCUUACUCAGGCCCAACGUCUUGAAGCUUUGGAACAAUUCAGGAAGCAGCAAGUGGAUUUUUUGGUUGCAACUGAUGUGGCUGCUCGUGGUCUUGACAUCAUUGGUGUUCAAACUGUUAUCAAUUUUGCAUGUCCACGUGAUCUUACCAGCUAUGUUCAUCGAGUGGGUCGUACUGCAAGAGCUGGAAGAGCAGGAUCUGCUGUCACGUUUGUUACUGAUAAUGACCGGUCACUUCUAAAAUCUAUUGCAAAGAGGGCCGGUUCAAAGCUGAAAAGCCGCAUUGUUGCAGAGCAAUCUAUACUCAAAUGGUCUCAAGUAAUUGAGCAAAUGGAGGAUCAAGUUUCUGAAGUCCUUCAGGAAGAGAGGGAAGAAAGGAUCCUAAGGAAAGCUGAAAUGGAGGCCACAAAGGCUGAAAACAUGAUUGCACAUAGAGAAGAGAUCUUCUCCCGCCCCAAAAGAACUUGGUUUGUUACAGAGAAGGAGAAGAAGCUUUCGGCAAAAGCAGCCAAGGCAUCCAUGGAUAAGGAAAAUGGUUCUUCUGGGAAGGAGGUAAUGAGUGCUCAGCAAGCUGAAGACCUUAAAAUGAAGGAAAAGAGGAAGCGGGAGCGAGAGAAAAAUUUGCCUAGAAAGAAGCGCAGAAAAUUGGAAGCAGCUAGAGAGAUGUUGGAGGAUGAGGAGCAAGAUCACAAGCCAGUAAAAGGUAAGGGGGCAGAUGAGAUAGAAAAGGGAGGAAUGUCACUUGUUGAUCUUGCAUACCGACGUGCCAAAGCAGUGAAGGCCACCAAGAGGGCACUAGAUUCUGGAAAGAUUGUGAAGAAGCCUCAAAAGAAAUCUAAUAAUAAAAAAUCUAGUUCUUCCCGAAAGCCUUCUUCAAGGACAGAAGAGAUGCGGGAGCUUUUCCAGACUGACAUGAAGGAUAAAAAGCCAAAAUCAAGAGGUCCUGGAGUAGGAAAGAAAGCCAAUAAAUCAUUCAAAAGCAAGUCAAGGUACAAGAGGAAGUAGCCUGUGAGGCUAAUAGUCCUUGUCAUACAUUGCAUGGAACGUCAGGAAACUUGCAAUGACUAUCCUUAUUAAUGACCUCACAAUCAGAUCUUGUUAAAUGCUUAUGCCAUAUAUAUCCACUACAUUUUUGGACCAUCUUGUGAAUUGCACCUCAUUCCUCUGCCGGUUUUGAUGUGUUUAAUCAAUCAAAAGGAUGGUGCGAUGCCAAUAUUAUUACAUUUAAAAUUAAAUUGUAUUGUAUAAUAAUCUUUGAUUGUUAUCCCAAUUAAAUUUAUAGUUGAUCAAUUUUGUAAUCCUACAAUUAGAUUGAGUUCCAAAUGUUAUCAACAGAAAAAUAUUGAAAGAAACUCUUAAAUUUUGUUUGCUUUU